AUGGCUCAGUCUACAGAGCAUUACGAGACAACAGUUCUGGCAUCAGUUCAAGAUCAGGGUCAGCAUCCAAACUCAGAAAUUAUAGAGGGUCAGACCCAGCAAACCCCAAGUGAAGUCACGCUUGAACCUAUGGAAAUGGAAUUUACCUUAACUCCAUAUGCUGCAAAUGUUAAUACAGAAAAAGAGUUAAUUAUUAAAAUGAAACAAAAUGCCUCCAUGAGCAUCAACUUAUGUGACUUUUGCUUGUGUGAAAAUGACACCCUAUUGUGUAUUCAUCUCAACCCAAUGAGGAGACUUCACCAAGUGCCUGUGCCAAGGCUCAACACCUACAAGGGCACCUUAACUGUUUUAAAUUUCCAAGGAAAUGAUAUUUCUUACAUUGACAAAAAUGUAUGGAAAGCAUACCGUUGGACUGAGAAACUAAUUCUCAGUGAAAAUCACCUGACUGAAUUACAUAAGGAUUCAUUUGAAGGCCUGCUAUCGCUCCAGGUUUUGGAUUUAUCUUGCAAUAAAAUACGUUAUAUUGAAAGAAGGACAUUUGAGUCAUUACCUUUUUUGAAGUAUAUGAACCUUGGAUGCAAUUUACUCACUGAACUGAGCUUUGGGACAUUUCAAGCAUGGCAUGGAAUGCAGUUUUUACAGAAGUUAGUUCUCAGCCGUAACCCUCUGACAGUUAUUGAAGAUCCCUACCUUUUUAAAUUGCCAGCAUUAAAAUAUCUAGACCUGGGGAAAACACAGGUGGAAGUGACAGCGGUCGAGAACAUCCUCAUGAUGACUCUGGAACUGGAAAAUCUGAUCAUACCUAGACACAUGACCUGCUGCCUCUGCAAAUACAAAACUGACAUUGAGGUUGUCUGCAAGACAGUCAAACUGCAUUGUCACGCUGGAUGUCUGAUAAACACCACACACUGUCUUGAAGAAGCAUCUGUAAGGAACCCAGAAGGAGCGUUCAUGAAGGCGCUACAGACCCGGAAGGAGAACACCAGCACCGAGCUCAUUAUCGAGCCAGAUACAGGCUAUUCAGAAAAAGAUUUCCUUGGCUCGUCAGACUUCGUGAAUAAGCAGCUUGACUUUAACGAUGAAAGUGAUGUUAUUAGUGCCCUGAACUACAUAUUGCCAUAUUUCUCAGAGGGAAAUCUGGAAGAUGUAGUAUCAACAUUGUUACCAUUUAUUAAACUGCUGUUUUCUAAUGUACAAAAUGCAGAUAAUUCACAGAGACCCUUCAAAAAUGAUACAAGGAGCUUUGCUUUCAAAUCUCUACCCAAGGCUGGUAAAUUGGCUUACAAAAAUAAACUGAAUAAGCUAUAUUUUCUAGAAAAUUUGUUAGAUGCGGAAAUUGAUGAGGUCAGAAAGAAAGAGAAAACUGCCAUGCUUCAGCAGUUUAGCCCUUUGGGACCCAAUUUUAAACGACGAAUAUUUGAAAAGAGAUGGAAACCCGCCUGGGCAGAGGAGGACAGUCUUGCAGAGAUCGAGAAGGCAGAGAGAGGGCUCCACAGGAUGAACAGAGUCCCCAAGGGGACAGGAGGCACACAGAAAAGGCACUUCAAGGAAGUGACUGACAAGAGCCUGUGGAGCAAGCAGAGUGUCCAGACACCUGUGGAGAACAUCGCCAAAGACAGGCAGCUCAGGAGCCCACCCUCAACAGAGUGGCAGCAGGUCAGUCCAGGGCAGGAGCUCAGGAAGUUAGUGGAAAAUUCCUUCCACUUAGAGCCCUUGCUCCCGACAGUCUCUUCUUCCCCAGAGCUAUUCCUGAUAGGUAAGUCUCCCGCUACAAAAUCGCUAUCUGACUUCAUAGACCGACGGAAAGACUUGUCUUACACCAUUUUUGUUCUAGAAAGUGCAAAUGAUAAUGUGAAAAGAACGCGGGGUUCUAACCCAACUUUUCAAUCGGAAAAAGGACAUCGAAACCUUAGGAAGAAAAAAUCUCAUUUCCAGUUGAUUGCAAAGAGGCCAGCAUCCUCUGCAGUGAGGAACCUGGUAAAUUCCCCUGCACGAGGGGUCUUCUCAUCUUUGGGAGACCUGAGUUAUGCAGGAAAGCCUUCACCAGAGUCAUUUGCUGCUUCAGAACCUCCUACAGAAAGACCUCUUGAAGAAAAUCAGGCCUCAACAAGUAAUGUUGGCGAAAACGUCCUUGAACCAAGUAUUACUGCACCCAAAGAAAUUGCAUCAGAAAAUACAAGCCCUGAGACUCCUGCUGCAGAUUCUAGUGUGUCUACGCCCAACUUAAUUCCAACUGUUGAGCAAUCUACUAUUGAACCUCCCGGAGACUUGGAAUCUGACUUGCAUUCCCAUUUCAAAGAAUCUGGUUACCCAUUGCAUAUGUCACCAGGUGAACAAUUUGAAUCUCAGCUAAACCAGCAGCUCCGGCCCCUCAUCCCCAACAAUGAUGUGCGAAAGCUCAUUUCUCACGUCAUCAGGACUUUGAAGAUGGACUGCUCUGACCCUCAAGUGCAACUGUUCUGCGCCAAGCUUGUCUCCAGGACGGGCCUCCUGAUGAAGCUUCUCAGUGAGCAGCAAGAAUUCAAGUUGUCCAGGACUGACUGGGAUACAGACCAGUGGAAAAAUGACAACUACAUCAACGACAGCACAGAAGCCCAAGGUGAACAGAAGGGUCUGGAAGCCAGUCAGCUCACAAAAGAAGUCCCAGGAUAUGGCUACAACAACAAAGUUAUCUUGGCAAUAUCUGUGACUGUAGUAGUGACAGUUUUGAUUAUCAUUUUCUGUCUCAUUGAGGAAGGAUUUUUCUGGCUAAAGUGGCCACUGUGGCUUAGGGAUAUGUACAGGCCUCUGCACGACACACGUAAGAAAAACAUGGCUCAGGACCUUCAGGACAAGGAGUCCUCAGGGGAUGAGGAGAUUUUCAAUAAAGAGAUACCAGGGGAGGCCAAGAAGGAAGUGGUUGAGGCAGCGGCGGCACCAGCCCCGAAAGCGAAAGCGUCGGCCACUGAAGCAGAAGAGAGCGAAGCAGCUGAGGACGCUGAAGGCUCAGAAUGA